GUUGAACGUGCCGAACGAUAGGUGGCCCUCUCGUGCCUUCUUCUUCGCAUCCGCCUUGACGGCCGCUGCGGUUUCGUGGCUCUCUCGGUCCACCUUGCGUUGCGGGUGUGCUUUCUUCCGUCUUUUCCGAGCGGCGAGUUUCCUCGCAUCAAUCCAUCUCUGCAGAGCUCGGUUCUUGCCUGUGGUGUUUUGACGAGGAGGGUGCAGCACUCCCUCCCCGCGGUGCCCGCGGUUGUCUCCCUUCUCCCGCGAGCGGUGCUUACUGACGUGGUGUUUACGAAUCUCUCUACUCCUCCAGCUUCGUGGGCCACGCUUUCCGCGACGGUGGUUGCCAGGUGCAGUUUGCCGCUUUGCAUUACUGCCGCGGGAACAGUGUCCAUACACAGCUCUCGCCACUACCACCUUCUGUGCAUCCUCACCGCCACGCUGAGCCAGCGCGGCGGUGAGUUGCACCUUGGGACACCACCCACCUACUAUCUGUUGUGGCCUGGUUCGCCCGCGAGGGACUCACUACGUCGAUCUCGGCCCCGGCCGGGGAGCAGGCCGAGGGGGGGAAGGUGUGGUAAAGAUGGUUGAAUAUGAGACAUGGAUCUAUGGAGACUUUCUCAUCUCGGCCCUCACUGGCCGAGCUGCCUUUCUCCACAAACCCUCAAGCUUCGGCCUACCCGGUUUACCCAACAAACAAGCUACAAGAGGCCGCACGUGAAGGGUCGACUUGGCUCACCGCUGCCAUCCUCUCAACUAGAUCGAUCGACGUUGACGGAGGCGAUUCCUCGGGUGCGACCCCUCUCAUGCACGCCAUCUGCAACAAUCACCCGAGCGUUGUCAGCAUCCUACUUAGCAAGGGAGCGAGUGUUUCAGCGACCAACGAUGACGGCAAUACCGCGUUGCAUCUUUCGGCCUUCGGGGGGUACGUGGUCGUGACCAGGAUGCUGCUCAAGGCAGGGGCGAGCGUGUCAGCCACGGGUGCUCAGGGUGCCACACCGCUUCACUUCGCAGCAGAGAAAGGGCAUGUGGAGGUGGUGAAAGAGCUGAUGCACGCAGCCGCUGACGUAAACAGCCGCAUGCCCAGCGGAGAGACACCGUUGUACGGUGCAGCGUGGGCGGGAUGGGUCGACGUUGUCAGGGAACUGCUCCGCGCGAAGGCCAACCCUUUGCUGACUAGAGUGAAUCUGGCCUGGCAGCACCUUCCCUUGGACACAGCUGCUCAGAACGGGCACUUCGGAGUUGUACUCGAGCUGCUUCAGAGGUUCGGGAUCCGGGGCUGUGGCGGUGCAAGCGGUGGCGUGACAGCCCUGCAACUUGCUGCCAUGAAAUCCCACAUUGACGUCAUGAUCGCCUUGACAACCGCCGGGGUGGUUGACACAGGCAUUGCCCUGGUCAAGGCUACCAGCUUUGACCACAUGGAUGUUGUGAAGUUCCUAUUACAGUAG